AUGAAUCCGGAUAUGUCAUGGGAUGCGAGUUACCCCCAUAUACCCAAGCAACGUCAGCAAAUAUCAACGGCCGCCCACUCGUUUCUUAUGGCAUUGCAUGCUCCGCACGCCAGAACUCACACGGCCAGUCGACACGCUGCAACUCAAGCAGCUCUUGCCACGUUGGAUGCGCAAGAACAACUUUUUGAUCUCAUGGCCACCAGUUACUCUAGCAUCUACGCCCUCUGUAUUUACACUCUUGGGGCUGGUAUAUUCCUGGCUGUGACGAUUCUGGAAUACCCGCCUGCAGAUAUGGGUGUACUACAUGGGAUCCUUCGUGCAAUCCGGAAGGCCAUUCAUCGCCUUGAGUUGGUACAGGAUAGAGUCUCUCUAGCAGAGCCGGGCUCAAAACUCUUGAAAUUUUGCUACCAGAAAAUACAAGCGUCUGCGCAGGCCCGAUCCAGUUUUCAAGACGCUACUGCCUAUGGAGCAAAUCCCUUUGCUGCAACUCCGUUCAUGCACGCGCCAUUUUCCGGCGGAGCACACAUCGAAGAAUCUCCUGAUCACCCGUCGGAGAUCCUUGCAUAUACCUCUGGAUCUGGGGGUUCAUUGCCUGAUGACAUUCCAUUUGACAGCACACAAAUGUUUGAAGAUAUCACUCAGCCUAACUUCAAUAUGGAAGCAUGGGUACGGGAAUUAGGCCAGGCUAAUGGCUCAGGAUGGAGCUCACUUGCAUAA